AUGUGCCACUCCGACAUCACCAUAAACACCUAUGAACGAAUCCGUCGUACAGGAAAGCUCGAAGCGAAUCGCACAACCCUUCAUGAAUGCAGGAGGUGGGAUCCGAUUGCCGAGUAUGCUCGUCAGCAUUGGCCAUCUCACGGUGGUCCAUUUCUGGAAAAUCCACAACUAGGUCUCAUAUACCCAACACACGUAAACGAGACUCAAGCUUAG